AUGUUUGCAGAUGCAUGCUGCGAAGGUAAUAUCAAGGUUGCCCGGACUAUUCUAUCCAGCAACCGGUUGUCAAGUUCCCAGACACGAGCUCUACAGACAAUUCUGUCAUCGUUAGCUCGCUACCGAGACAGUAGCCAAACUAUCCAGAAGAGGGUCCACAAUGCUAUUGACAUGGUUGGUUACACGUUAACUAUCCACAACCACAAGGAGAUUCGCGACAUGACGCGGCACAUGGAGAACCUCGCCCAAGAAAAUCGUGAUUUGACCGAGAAGAUGAAGGAUAUGACCCAGGAAACCAGUGUUGUGACAAAGAAACUCCAAGAAUUGACGCAAGUCACUGUAGACGACAGUGCUAUUGUCAACAUUAUCACCAUAGUAUCUGCGGUGUAUAUUCCGGGAGGAUUUGUUGCGACUAUAUUUGGGAUGAACUUUUUUGAGUUUAAUGAUGACACUCGGAAUAUCAUGAUUGGAAAUGACUUCUGGAUAUUCAUCGUCAUAUGGCUAGUUCUGAUUGUUAUUACAGGAGGCUUGUUUGUUGGGGUGUGGUGGGUGAAGAAGCGGAAUUCGGGGCGCAGACGGGAUGGCAGUUACGAGAAAGUCAUGAUUUCAACGGCAUAA